GAUUUGUUUGUUAUCCGAAUUAACAAUAAUGGUCCACAAAGUCACAAAGUUUUUGUGUGUUUAUACCCAAAAUUUACCCAAUUUCUUAUUUGAAGAAACUACACAUUUCCUGAAACAGAGGACACCAGUAACCGACCUAUUCAUUCUGCAAUUCUUCUUCUUCCUCCCUCUCUUUCUCUCUCUCUUUCCAAUUGCGUAACAUGCAGGAUUAACCACUGACAUCAAUCACAGAAUUUUGUUGCAAGGAUUUUAGAAAAUGGUUACCCAUCAUCCUUCAGCUGCAAUUUCCUGCACGGAGGUUGCACCUUAUGCUGCACAAGUUUCACAAGUAACAGUUGGUGAUUCACGAUAUACUUAUUCAGAAUCUGCGAUGCUUGGCCUCAAAAAAUUACAUAUUUCCGCACAAUUAAUGGAGGUUUUUCUUGAAAUUGCUCGUAACAACACCAACAAGGAUCUCGAGACAUGUGGGGUUCUUGGUGCUUCCCUAACAAACGAGACAUUCUAUGCUACCACGUUGAUAAUACCUAAGCAGGAAUCAACUUCCAGUUCAUGUCAGGCAUUGCAUGAAGAGGACAUCUUUAACAUACAGAAUGAUCGCUCCCUUUUGCCUGUAGGAUGGAUCCAUACACAUCCUUCACAAAGUUGUUUCAUGUCAUCGAUAGAUCUACAUACGCAGUAUCCAUAUCAGGUGAUGGUGCCAGAGGCUAUCGCUAUUGUCAUGGCUCCCACUGAUAAGACAAGGAACUACGGUAUAUUCCGGCUGACAGAUCCUAGCGGUAUGAACGUUCUUAAGGAAUGUGAAGAGAAAGGAUUCCACCCUCACCAGGAAUCCAGCGACGGGAGGCCAUUGUAUGAACAAUGCUCACAUGUUUAUAUCAACCCAAACUUGAGAUUCGAAAUUUUCGACUUGCGUUGAUAUGACCGAACCUUGCUUGGUUUCUACUUGUGAUAGUGUGAAUAGACAAAAGAGGUAUGCAUGAGAAUUUAGCAUGUUGAGCUUAGUUUAGCUUGCAUCAGUUCAAGUUUGUACUGACAUUUGUGGAAGAUAAGGUAUAUACAGUCAUAGUCAUACAGAUAAUCUCUAGUAACUGCAUCCAGUUGUGCAUAUUUCAAUAGGGGGAAAAACAGAUGUAUUGUUUUUCCCAUUUGAAUAAGACACUGUUGAGAUGAAUUACAACAUUCAAGUAUUAGUUUGACCAACUAUUGCCUUUC